AUGGCGCCUACCCAACAAGAAGAGCUAAUGCUUGCUUCCGCGCCGCCUGAGAGCGCUCGACGCAUCCCCACGAGGGCUUCCGACGCCCCCGUAUCAUCUCUUAGUCACGUAGAGUCAUUUAGCCAGAUGUCGACACCGUCCGCGCUCCCAACCGACGUGUCUUUGAAUGGGAAGAAGGCGGCAAAUCCUCACUACGAGGCUGUCGACUUCGCCGCUUUAUACCGGCGGCCAUCGCGUGAUUCCGAGAUUCUUACAACGUUGCGGACACUGGAAAAGGAGCUUAAGGAAGCAAAAAUCCAUCUCAAGACGCAGCAGCAAGAUCAGAGCUCUGCAGUGGACGCUACAGUCUUCAGCAUUGCCAGAUUUGCCCCAGACCAACUGCAACAGCUGCUGACGACACAGAAGGCCAGAGGAGCCGAGAAUGCCGCGGGCAAGGAGUAUACAAUGCAGUUACAUCCUCCUAGAGCCGCAGAGGCUAAGGGGAAGCCUAUGCGACGCUUUGUGAUGUCGUCAGCCACACCGUUCGUCAUGAUGGCGACAAUUGGUGGCAGACCCAAUGGCCUUGCGGAGGAGAACGAAAAUGACGCCCAGUACCAUAAGGUGCAGCAGCUCCCGUGGGAGGACCAUAUCAUUUGGGGCAUUGACUUUAAUGCUGCUGCAAAAGCAGAUAGGGUUGUAGAAGAGAGAGAUAAAGGAGUGGAGAUUGAAGACUCAGUGGGAAACGUUACAGUCGUGCAGGAAAGUAAGGAAAAAAGUGCAAGUAAAGGGGGUAGCUGGGGGAAGAUAGCGAAGACAAAGAGCGAGAAAACUAGUAUGCAGACGUACAAACAGCUGCGUGCUGCGAGAGCUGGUCAGGGAGAUGCGGUAACAAUGUCAGCAAGUUUGAGUGGUAAAAACUUGGAUAUGACUAAGCCGCGGAACUAUCGGUGGGAAUUGAAAGACAAUUCGAAAAAAACAAGGGGGGACGUUAAUGGAGUGACUAAAGAGAAAUGCAAGACGGAGACGCUUCCUUGUCCUCUGAAUAUGGAGCUGCAGGACGACUCGUGGGUUGCAUCGAUUGGUUGGAAGUCUACGCAGGACAUGCCGGAGAGCAAGCUGGUGCUGGAUGAUAAUGAUGCGUCGCUCAUUUAUUCUGUGUCGGAAAUGGAAGAUGUGCGUCCUACGUUGCGGAUUCCUGAACGAAAGUUGGGAGCUGCUGAGCAAAGGCUGGCGCAGUUGGACAAGCAGCGCAUUGAGAAGAAACAGCGUAUUGACGAGGUUAUGGGCAAUCUCGAGUUCGGAGAAGAGACGGCUGAAGGUCGAUUGGGCACAGAGGGUAGUGGCAAAAAGUCGAAGGAUACACGUGUGGUCAAAAAUAUUGGCUACGUGCACCACUCGCUGCCAGCCAUGAAGCUUUCGCUUACUAAGCCUGAACUUCCAAAGACGAAGCUGCGCGACUUUCACAGGCCGCGCGGAAAGUUUAAAAUAAACGAGCGGCUGAACUUCUUACCACCGCCUCCAGGUGCCGCCAAGCUAGCUCCACAGGAGGAGAGCGCCAUGGUUACACAAAUUAAGAAGAGUUCUGACUUGAACCCGACUGCAGGUGGCAAGUUGAUUCUCAUCGAGUACACAGAGCAGCACCCGCCUAUGCUGUCGAAUCCUGGCAUGGCAUCUCGUAUUCUUCAUUAUUGGCGGCCACCAGAGGAUGCCUCAGCAAGUUUGGGGAUCUUGGGUAAGAAGAAGGCUCGCAAAACACGCCCAAAACCACCAGACAUGAAGAUGGGCCAGGUCAUUACGCUUGGCGAUCACGAUGAGUCCCCAUUUGUCGGUGAUAUUCCACCGGGGCGAGUGGUGACUUCACUCAAUUCAAAGCUAUACAAGGUUCCCAUUUUUUCUCAUAAACCCACGGUGCCAUUUGCUAUAAAUGCUGAAGCGCGCGAGCGUAACAACUCGCAUAUUUUCCUCAUGUGUCGUUCUGUGACGAAGAGUAAGAAGGGUGCUGCAACUGAUAAGUCGGGUGGACUUGGAGUUCCGAAGACAACGGUGUAUAUCAUGGAGUUACCGGAGGUCUUUGUGGCAGGGCAAAUUGAGCCACAAAUCGAAGUUCCGGCGCCAAAUUCUCGCAGUGCGAACGAGUUUAUCCGCCCGUAUAUGUCGUUCCACAUUCUUCGCCUGUUCAAAAAAGCGAGCGAUGGUGAACGACUAAAAAUUGAGGAUAUUGCGCGUGCAUUCCCGAAUCAAUCGGGCACUGCUAUCCGUAAGCGGAUGAAGGAGGUAGCCACAUUCGAGCGUGGUGGCAACGACUCAGGCUGGUGGAAGAAGAAACCAGCUUCGCAAUUGCAAAGUGAGGAGGAAAUUCGUGCGAGCAUUCCGCCUGAAAGUGUAUGUCUUUACGAGAGCAUGAUGUCUGGUCAUAGACGGCUGCUCGAUAUUGGAUUAACGAAGUUAUUCACACCUUCUGGUGUGAAUGGAGCAAUCAAUCAUUUGAUUCGGCGUCUGGAACUGCGCAAGAAUACAUUGUCAGCGCGUCUUGUGUCAGCUAAUCUAGAGAGGCGUGUAAAGGAGAAGGCUCAAGCUGAGCUAUGGAAGAAAGACCCUGUCGUACGCAAGCUCGAGACCGAUAUUCAAGUUGCUCGUUAUAUUAAUGAGCAGCUACAGCUUACGCCGUGGAACUUGACAAAUAACUACGUGGAGUGCCACCUACAAGGUAAAGGUUCAGGCAUGCUGCAGCUUGGUGGAAUUGGUGAUCCUACUGGUCGUGGCGAGGGCUUCAGCUUUGUCCGUGUGCCACAGUCCCGCGCCAAGAAAAAAGAUGGGGAGGACGAUGCAGCACCUACAGCAGAGAGCAAGAUUAGUGCAGAGACUGCAGCCGUACAAAAGGCUGUGGCAGCUGUAACUGGUACGACUGCCGACUUGCGUAAGCUGAAAAUGAAGGAGGCUGGUGAUGUGCUGCGCAAUCUGGGUCUUGCUGACGCAGAUAUCAAAAAACUGCGACGCUGGGAUCGAAUUCACAUGGUGCGCGAGUUAAGCAGCCGCGCUACAGCCCAUGGCGUGGCGGGUAGCUUGAGCAAAUUCGCACGUGGUGCGCGCAAGUCGCUUUCUGCGCAACAGCAAGAAUACCGCAAGAAGUGCGAUGUGAUUUAUGAACGCCAAAUGGAUGUGCUAGGCUCGACGAAGACUUCAUUUUCGUCGGAUGAAGAGUCAGACGGUGAUGACGAGCUUGACGAAUUGGGUGCUGAUGUCGAGGCAGACAUCUUAGGAGGCACGGACACAAAGCGUGGUCCAAAGAAUUUGUUUCGAAGCGGCGGUGGGGGUCUUAAUCGUUCGAAAGAAGUGCUUGCAGAGCGGGAAGAUGCUGUGGAACUACGCCGCCUCAUGGAGGAGAUGAAUGAAGACCAAAGUUCCAGUAGUAAGGCCAAAUCCCCAAGCGCUGUGCGUCGACCUGACGUUGACACCAACAGACUGCGCAAUCAGUUACGCGCAAGUGGGAUUCGAGAGGGUGGAACAGGAGCUAGUGGUAUUUCAUCGGUGUCAGGUAUGGGACCACGGUCGAACAUGAUGUCUCGCGGUGGAUCAGCGGUGUCGUCUGCGUUGGCAACCCCUACGGGCCAUUUAUCGCGAGUAUCUUCACCUACUCACGGAAGCCGUACGCCUACUUUGUCAGAGCCACCAAGUGCCUCCAUGAAAAGUUCUGGGAGGAAGGUGCUAAAGCGUGUUGUCCGCACCAUUGAGGAGGACGGAAGUGAGACAGUUCGUAUUCAGUUCAUCGUGGACGAUAAGCAGGUAGCCCGCUUUCUCGCGAUGCAGCAACGCAAGGAGCGCCAGCUAAAGACCGAUGAACGUAAUCAGCUGCGGAAGCGUAAGCGCAUGCUAGCUUUGGAAGACGAUGCUACUAGCCAGAGUUUGCUGGACAAGGCUAAGCGGCGCAAACAGUUGCAAGAAGAAUUAAAGCAGUUGCAAAAGACUGAAGCGCACAAUAAAGGCUAUCAGGAGAUGCUGAAGAAGGGUGAAGCUGAUGACGAUGACGAUAGUGCCGAUGCUGAAGACGCAAGUGGCAAGGGCAUCAUUCGCUGUACGCAGUGUCUGCAGGUUGGUCACAUGCGCACUAACCGCAGCUGCCCACUAUACAUGGCUGAUGAAGCCCGUACAAAAAAAUCGCUGUCGGAAAAGCAGGCGAAUGCGGUGCUCGCUGAACCUCUCAAGCUGAAAGUGAAGAAUAACCCGUCCGUGAUUGGUAGCGGCACUAAGAUCACUGUCAAUCUGGCGGAGCUGCGCGAAGGCGCGCGCAAGCACCACGCUGAAAAGAAGCGCAAGCGAGAAAUGGAGGUGCGCGAGCAGGCAGAGUUAUACAAACGUCCGUACGCGAAGGGCACUUUAAAACAGAGUCGCUCACGUAUGCCGGUGGAGCAUCUGAAUAAUGCAUUGGAGGUGGUUCUUGAGCGGCUCGUCGAAUUGCCAGAAAGUGAGCUUUUCCGUGUGCCGGUGGAUGCAGCCACCGUUGUCAACUAUUACCAGAUUGUGAAGCAGCCGAUGGAUUUGAGUGCUAUUCGUCACAAGAUCGAGGCCAAGGAAUACGACUCGAUGCGGGAGUUUGUCAAGGACCUGGAACUUAUAGUGAACAAUUCGCGCAUUUUCAACGGCGACUCGACCAAGUCGGCUAUCACAGCUAAUGCGCAAAAGAUGCUUCGUCGUGCUCAAGACGAGAUGGCAGCGCUCAGUGCAGAAGGGGGUAUGACUCCUACUACACCGACUGCUGCUACGACACUAUACUGA